GGGUCGACCCAGUUUUUCAUAUAUUUGGAGUUGAUGUUCGCACUGAUUAGCGCUCGGUCUCGGUCAGCAUAUUUUAAGCUUUAGCCUUUAUUCCCAUAAAUUUUGACAUUUAAUUUUCUUUUUGGCCCAUAAGGUUUUCCUAAAAUGGCAGUGGCAGCUUGAUAAUCCCACCAGCUGCUUUACAGCUCCUCCAUCCCACUCUUCUGAUUAUGAUUCUAUUCUCUUAAUACCAUUUUCUUGUUACAAAGAAAAGAAUUAUUUGUAGGAGAGAAAAGAGUGAGAGUACUGCACUACAUCAUAAUUUUUGGUUAAUUAGAUAUUAGGCAGAGAUAGAGACAGAGACAGAGACAGAGAAAGAUGGCAGCUGAAGAAGGUCCAACUUUGGAGUACACCCCAACGUGGGUUGUUGCUGUGGUGUGCAGUGUUAUCGUCGCCAUCUCUCUCGCCGUCGAACGUCUCCUUCACUACACUGGCAAGUAUCUCAAGAAAAAGAACCAGAAGCCUCUCUAUCAAGCCUUACAGAAGAUCAAAGAAGAGUUGAUGUUGUUGGGGUUCAUAUCACUGCUACUCACAGUGUUCCAAGCACGGAUUGCCAAAAUUUGCAUACCCGAGAACUUAGCCAAUAAGUGGUUGCCUUGUAAAACAGAUGCAUCUUCUUCUUCUACUACUACCCAUUUCCAAACCUUGUUCACUUCUUUUAUUCCCCGUCGCCUCCUCGCCGAGGAAACAACUACUUCCACCGGUUAUUGUGCUGAGGAGGGAAAGGUCCCACUGUUAUCUCUUACUGCACUGCAUCAUCUUCACAUAUUUAUCUUUGUGUUAGCUGUUGUGCAUGUGACUUUCUGUGCUCUAACCAUUCUUUUCGGAGGAGCAAAGAUAAGUCAAUGGAAACAUUGGGAGGAUUCUAUCUUGAAAAAGGAAAACGAUCCAGAAGAAGUUUUGAAAACAAACUUUACACAAGUCCAAGAUCACGAUUUUAUCAGGAAUCGCUUUCUGGGUAUUGGCAAAGAUUCAGCUUUGUUUGGAUGGGUGCAAUCAUUUUUCAAGCAAUUUUAUGGGUCCGUGACCAAAACAGAUUAUCUGACAAUGCGACUGGGCUUCAUUAUGACUCAUUGCAGAGGAAACCCACGGUUUAAUUUCCACAAGUACAUGAUUCGUGCCCUUGAAGCUGAUUUCAGGAAAGUCGUUGGAAUAAGUUGGUAUCUUUGGUUAUUUGUGGUCAUUUUCUUGUUGCUGAAUGUGGCUGGUUGGCAUGCGUACUUCUGGAUUGCAUUCAUACCCUUCAUUCUUCUACUUGCUGUGGGCGCUAAGUUAGAGCAUGUAAUUAUCCAGUUGGCCCAUGAGGUUGCCGAGAAACAUGCAGCAAUUGCAGGUGCUUUGGUAGUUCAACCUUCAGAUGAUCACUUCUGGUUCCAUAGGCCCCAGAUUGUUCUCUUGCUGAUUCAUAUCAUCCUGUUUCAGAAUUCAUUUGAACUGGCAUUUUUCUUUUGGAUAUGGGUUCAAUAUGGAUUUGACUCGUGCAUAAUGGGAGAAAUCAGCUAUAUCAUCCCAAGACUUGUUAUAGGGGUAUUUGUUCAGUUCGUCUGCAGUUAUAGUACCCUACCACUGUAUGCAAUUGUCACACAGAUGGGAAGUUCAUUUAAAAAGGCUAUAUUUGAAGAACACAUACAAGAAGGGCUUGUAGGUUGGGCUCGAACGGCAAAAAAGAACAAGGGUUUGAGAAAGGCUGCUAAUGGCUCAACUACUACUACUCAGGGUUCUACUACUCAUGCAUCCGGCCAAAUGAGUCCAAAAGAAACUACUCCUUUGGCAAUUCAGAUGAAUGAAGUAUCUGCAAUGGAAGAAGGUAAUGCAGGAGAGAUUGCAACUGCAACUCUCUACGAUGGACAUAGAUAAGGGCAUCAUAGUCUCACUCAAAACUCUUGUAGUUAGCCGGGUGUUUUUUACUUCUUGUGGUUUAGGUGAAGUUAGAAAUAGUUGUGUUUUGAUAUAUGCUACAUAUUUAUUAAAAUUGUUCAGAAGCGUACUAUAUAGUUGGUUUAUUGAUUUUAUUUCUUGUAUAGUAAUGAUGAUGAUGAUGUGUAAAAUGAUGAUAUAAUUUUGAUGUAAGCAGUUAAGUACUAAGUUCAAUAGAAUUGUUUGCUAGCAA